UCUCUCUCUUGUUUAGGUCAUGUUUGGUAGUGUUAUAAUAAUAACUGGUGUGUGUUUUUAGAUAUGUUUAAAAGAUGUUUAAACCCGAACCGAAUUAAUUCCGGGUUAUAUUAUUCGGGUCUAUGAUGUUAGUUUUAGUUUACCGAUCCGAUAUCCAUAGCGUUUUAAUUUAAGUCUGCUUUUCCGACCCGACUUUUCAUUUAUUUAUUUAUUUAUUAUUAUUAUUAUUAACCCUAAUAAUGGACCGGGUUGCGGGUCGGGUUAUGGGUCAUGGAGACCCGGGUUGGUGAGUGCAAAAUUGGGUUCUAGGUUGAGCUUUUUACAGUAAUAUUCGUUGAAUUUUGCGUUUUUUUACCUUGUAAUUUGUGGUUAAAGUUGCAAUAAUUGGUUUCCAAACAAUGUAACUAUUUGAAUUUUGCCUUUGAAGCGCUAAUUUGUGGUUAAAGUUUCAAUCUUUGGGUUUCCAAAACAAUUUAGUGCUUUGUAAAUUAAGGGGAAUUUAGUGCUUUGUAAACAUCCAUUUUUUUUAUAACCGUGGUGUACCAGCUUGCGCGCACCUAGACUAAUUCCACGGGGUACCUACUACUUUCAACCAGCAUAAGUGUUUUUACCUUCUAAUUUGUAGUUAAAGUUGCAAUAAUUGGUUUCCAAACAAUGUAACUAUUUGAAUUUUGCCUUUGAAGCGCUAAUUUGUGGUUAAAGCUUCAAUCUUUGGUUUCCAAAACAAUGCAGUGCUUUGUAAAUUAAGGGGAAUUUAGUGCUUUGUAAACAUCCAUUUUUUUUAUAACCGUGGUGUACCAGCUUGCGCGCACCUAGACUAAUUCCACGGGGUAUCUACUACUUUCAACCAGCAUAAGUGUUUUUACCUUGUAAUUUGUGGUUAAAGUUGCAAUAAUUGGUUUCCAAACAAUGUAACUAUUUGAAUUUUGCCUUUGAAGCGCUAAUUGUGGUUAAAGUUUCAAUCUUUAGUUUGAUUGUAAAUUUCUUAUUAUUUCAUUGGUUGAAUGGAUAUUCAUAUCCAUUUUGCCAAACCCAACUACCUUUUUAUUUUUAUUUUUUGUAACCGUGGUGUGCUAGCUUGCACGCAGCUAGACUAAUUUCAUGGGGUACCUGCUACUUUCAACCAGCAUACUUACUUUUACAACAUGACUCGUUGGAUUUUGCCUUUCAACCUUUAAUUUGUGGUUGAAGUUUCCAUCUUUGUUUGUUUUGCAAACAAUGUAGUGCUUUGUAAAUUAACGAGGAAAUUCGGUAGUGUGUAGUUUAAGUGUAAGUUUCUUCUUAUUGUCUUAGGUGGGUUUGGGAAUUCAUAUGGAGCAGAGUGGAUAUUGAUAUUCAUAUUGCCGAUCCUCUGGUAGUUUGGGAUUGGGGUUAUAGUUGUCUUCUGCUGCUUUAGAUGGGUAAUUUAAAAUUGAAGGGCUAUAUAAAGCUUAAUACACCUUUAGAGAAGCAUUUGAUAAAGCUGUAAAUUUUUUAUGUAAUGUGUGUGGAGGUGCUAGUGUUUUUUGUAAUGUGAAGAUAUGAACUCAAAGGGCAAGAAUGUAAGGAGGCAGAAGGCAUGUUGUUUAGAACACAUGAAACAUCUUCUUUUUUAUAAACCAGGCGAUCGAUCCUCACAAAUGUUCGAGUAAUUAUCUAAGAAGGCUUCUUCUUUUCGGGUGAAGUCUGAGAAGGCUUAUUUAUCUGUAGAAUAAUGUGUUGGUGAAAAUUAUGGUGUAUUUGUUUUGUCUGUACUGUAUUGAAACGUGUGUUUGAAAUGUUCUCUAGUUGUGUGUCAGUUUAGGAACGGGAAUGGAGAAAGUCGUGCUAUUUUGUUUGCUCAUAAAAAAAAGGGUAUCUUGCUUUUUUGUUGACAGUGAAUGAUCUUAUGUUGAACACUUUGUUUGUCAUGUUUUCAUUGGAACUGUUCAUGAGUUUUGCUUCCAUUUUUCUUGCCUAUGACAUUUGUUAUCAGUUCAUUUUUGACCACUUUGUGAUGACAUUACUUUGCCAAUUUUAGGAUAUCCUGCCCAGAGAGGAUCCUUUAAGUUGUUUUAAAAGUUCCGUUCUUUGGAUCUUAUUUUAGUUAGAAGCCAUUUUACAAGUUGUUGAUGUUAUUAAAGUAUAUGGUUGGCGCAGUCAGAUUCUAACAAGGAGAAAAAAAGAAUGUCAGACAACAUGAAGCAUUUUUGGAGCCGCCUUUAUGCUACAGUAGAAGAUUCCCUUAUGUCAGGGGAUUCAACAAUUUAUAUUUUUAAAAAAAAAAAAUUUACCUUGUAUGCUUAGUAUGAUUUUUGGGCUAAGGGGAUUCAAUUGAACCCCUUCAUGCAAUAUAGCCCUGCCCCUGAUGGUAUGGCUGUAGUACUGGAAGCAAUGGAGAUAGAGGAGGAAGGAGUCAUAGUAAAUUCCAGUAGGCUAAAAUCUGUUGUGUGGAAUGACUUUGAUAGAGUAAAAAAAGGUGAUACUUUUGUGGCUAUCUGUAGGCACUGUAAAAGGAAACUUAGCGGGUCUAGUACCAGUGGUACUUCACAUUUGAGAAAUCAUUUGAUCAGAUGUCGUAGAAGAUCAAACCAUGACAUAAGUCAGUUGCUUACACGGGGAAAGAAAAAGGAGGGACCCCUUGCCAUCUCAAAUUUUAGUUAUGAUCAAGAACAGAGAAAUGGUGAAGCAGUCAGCAUUGUGAGGACUAGGUUUGAACAAGGACACAACCAUGGGAUUGUUAACUUUGAUAAUCGGCGAAGCCGGCUUGAUCUUGCUCGCAUGAUCAUAUUACAUGGCUAUCCUUUGUCUAUGGUUGAACAUAUUGGUUUCCGUAUAUUUGUCAGAAAUCUUCAACCCUUGUUUGACAUUGCAACAUUUGAUGGAGUUGAAGCAGACUGUCGGGAAAUAUAUUUGAUGGAGAGACAGAAAGUAUAUGAAGAGUUGGACAAAUUGCCUGGGAAAAUCAGCCUUAGUGCUGAUACAUGGACUUCUAAUGGUGAUGCUGAAUACUUGUGUUUGACGGCACAUUACAUAGAUGAUUCUUGGCAUCUUAAAAAGAAGAUUCUGAAUUUUUUAACAACUGAUCCUUCCCAAACAGAAGAUAUGCUGUCAGAAGUUAUCAUGACUAGUUUAAGAAAUUGGGAUAUUGACCGGAAAUUGUUUUCCGUGACAUUUGAUAACUACUCAACAUAUGACAAAAUUGUAAGUAGAAUCAGAGAGCAGCUUUGUCAGCACAGGUUUCUUUAUUGUGACGGUCAAUUAUUUGAUACACGCUGUGCAGCUAAUGUUGUUAAGUUGAUGGUCCAAGAUACCUUAGAAACAGCAAGUCAGAUAAUCCACAAGGUACGGGAGAGUAUUCGAUUUGUUCGAAGUUCACAGGCAACACAAGAGAAGUUCGAUGAGAUGGCUCAAAUUGCUGGGAUUGCUUCCCAGAAGUGCCUGAAUCUUGAUAAUUCAUUUUAUUGGAACUCAACUUAUAUCAUGAUUGAAACUACUUUGGAGUACAAAGACGCGUUUCCCCUUUUGCAAGAAAGUGAUUCUCGGUAUGCAAUGUGUCCAACUGGGACAGAGUGGGAUAGGAUAAGUGCCAUUGCUAGCUUCCUAAAACUCUUUGUUGAAGUUUCCAAUGUUUUUGCAGGAAGCAGGUAUCCUACUGCAAAUGAAUACUUCCCUGAGAUCUGUGAUAUUCAUUUGCAGUUGAUUGAAUGGUGUCAAAACUCGGAUGAUUUUGUUAAUUCUUUGGCUCUAAAGUUGAAAAGCAGAUUUGAUGAGUACUGGAAAAAAUGUAGCUUGGCUUUGGCGAUUGCAGCUAUCUUAGACCCACGAUUUAAGAUGCAACUGGUUCAAUAUUAUUAUCCACAAAUCUAUGGUGAUAGUGCUCCAGACUGCAUUGAUAUUGUCUCAGAUUGUAUGAAGGCUCUGUAUAAUGGCCAUGCUAUUUACUCACCGUUAGCUCCUAAUGGUCGAGCUGAAGCUUCUAGUGCUAAUAAUGAUCGGCUGACAGGCUUUGACAAAUAUAUCUAUGAGAGCUCACUGAGCAACAACAUUAAAUCAGAUUUGGACACGUAUUUGGAGGAAAAAUUGUUCCCUAGAAAAGAUAAUUUUAACAUAUUAAACUGGUGGAAGGUUCACACCCCAAGGUAUCCUAUUCUGUCCAUGAUGGCACGCAAUAUUCUAGGAAUGCCGAUGUCAAAAGCUUCACUAGAGUAUGUUUUCAACACUGGGAAUAAGGCUCUUGAACCGUAUCGCAGUUCGCUAAGAUCAGAUACCUUGCAAGCUUUGAUGUGUGCCCAGGACUGGAUGCGCGAUGAAUUUGAAGAUACAAAGGCUUCAUCAAGCACCGUCACUCUGGCCCUGUGUUAUGAUGCAAAAUAAGAGCAAGUCUUUGGUAUGCUUUUGUUAGCCCAGGUUGCCAUUCUUUUUGCGUUAUCUGUGUAUAUUUAGCACCUUUUAAACGGUCUCCUCUCUCUCUCCUUAUGUUAAGAUUUUGUAGAAAUUAGUUCAUUUGAAGAUUUUGCUUUUCUGGAGCUCCCAUAAAUUAGUUCAAGAUGGGUACUUUUGUUCAAGAAUCUAACAGCUUUUCGCCAUCUUAACCCUCAUCAAUUGACUUAUCUCUAUCUAGUUUUCUUUUCCUUCUUUCUGGGUUCUUUAUGUUAUUGAACAUGUCAAAAACUGGAAGACUUUUCCACAAGGGAGGAUCAUUCAGAAUUUAUGUAACUCAUGCUCAUUAUGGUCUGCGAUUCGUUCAUCUGAACCAGCUGAGAGAAAAAUCAUGAGGUAUUCGUGGACUUUUGCAGUUUUCAUUCCCAGCCUCAGCCUACCGGGAGAUGGUAUUGUCUUCUGUUUAGUAUUUUGGGCCUCUUGAGUUGGACCAUAUAGCAGCUGAAGAGGGAAAAGGUAGUGAGUUAUUCUGCUUAACUGAUAAAAGUUAGAGAAAAUAACCAAGGAAUUUUAUAGGGCUUCUGCUUACUAUGAAGCCUUACUGGAAACUUAUGUAGUAACUUUCUAAUUUCAGUUUUUUCAAUAUUUGGUACUAUAUUCUAGCAAAAAAAAAAAAAAAAAGAGAGAAUGCGUUGUAUGAAUCUGGAACAAUUUUUACAACAUAACUUCCAACUUAUGGAAUUUGCAC